GCGGGGGGCGGGGCCGGGGGCGGUGAGGGGAAGGCAAGAUGGCGGUGCAGGCCGUGCACCUGGAGGCGGACGCGUUCCUAGUGUGCCUGAACCACGCGCUCAGCACCGAGAAGGAGGAGGUCAUGGGGCUCUGCAUCGGAGAGGUGGACACCAGCAGGAUCGUCCACAUCCACUCUGUGAUCAUCCUGCGCCGCUCCGACAAGAGGAAGGACCGCGUGGAGAUCUCCCCGGAGCAGCUCUCAGCUGCCUCCACCGAAGCAGAGAGGUUGGCUGAGAUGACAGGACGUCCCAUGAGGGUGGUGGGCUGGUACCACUCCCACCCCCACAUCACUGUCUGGCCCUCACACGUGGAUGUCCGUACACAGGCCAUGUAUCAGAUGAUGGACCAAGGCUUUGUAGGGCUGAUCUUCUCCUGCUUCAUCGAGGACAAGAACACCAAGACAGGCAGGAUUCUCUAUACCUGUUUCCAGUCUAUUCAGGCCCAGAAGAGCUCAGAGUAUGAAAGGAUCGAAAUUCCUGUUCAUGUUGUCCCCCAUGAAACCAUUGGGAAAGUGUGUCUGGAAUCAGCUGUGGAGCUGCCCAAGAUCCUUUGCCAAGAAGAGCAAGAUGCCUACAGGAGAAUUCACAGCCUCACCCAUCUGGACUCGGUAACCAAGAUCCAUAAUGGCUCAGUGUUCACAAAGAACCUCUGCAGCCAGAUGUCUGCCAUCAGUGGGCCCCUCCUGCAGUGGCUGGAGGACAGACUGGAGCAGAACAAACAGCGGGUGCAGGAGCUGCAGCAGGAGAAAGAGCAGCUCCUGGAGGAACUCGCUGCUUUAGAGUGAGGAGGAAAUGCAGACCCUUCAGAAAAGAGAC